AUGGAUAUCUACAAUCUUAUCUCUGGUCCACCUCAAGGACGCGACCUGUUGUGCAGAUUGCCUCCUGAGCUCAAGCAACGAGUCCUCGACUUCGUUGAGUUCGAGGAUCACCUCAAUAUCCGACGUUUGUCUCGCGUCUGGUCCAUUGCUGCUCUCGACCGUACAUGGCAGCAUGGUCUAGUGCUUCGCCCAAACAGGAACCACGUCACGAAGCUCAUCGAGGUCUCUCGUCGCCCUUGGUUAAGAGAAAAGAUUGACAGGAUUACUUUCUCGGUGGACGAUAUAGACUACGCUACUGUACGACAUUGGAUGAGAACAUCUGGUUAUACGGCUUAUGCCAAUCUUGCCAUUGUCCGCUUGAUCGAAUUAGAACUUCGUCGAGUACUCUCUCGUCAUUCUCCUUCGACAGAGACAUUUCAACAGCUUCCUGUCAACCUGGGCAUGGAUACCGAUGACUAUUGUAACGGAGAACUCCUUGCACGAACCCUAAUUGUCAUGCCGAAUGUCAAGACUAUCUAUAUUAAGUUUGGGGAAUAUCCCUUCACGACUUUCUGUCUUGCAUCGUCGUGGGAUAGGAUGCCGAAAAUAGACGGUUACGUGGACCCGAGAAGCACCAAUUCAAGAGCAGACUCUGGCUGUCAAGUCAUACAGUUCCAUUCUCAUGGGAGCGAAUGCAGCAGCAUUGCCGUUCACCACGCUUCGCAUGGAUCGUAUGCCGGUGCUAUGUUUUGUGCCUCCUGA